AUGGUCUGUGGCGGAAGAAUAAGAACAGCCAAGCGGCUACUCAUAGCCCUCUGCAUCUUGGGCGGCAUCCUUUAUCUCACAUAUGCGACUCGGAAGGCUUAUGGCAACAUGUACGGCUCUCUGAUACCUCAAAAAUGGAGGUUCUUCGCCGCCUCUCCUAAUGGAAGUCACACAAUGAUUGCUGUUCCCGCAGCGGCACCGAUCUUUUUACGUUCUCUCAAUUUCGAAGAUGGGGCGUUGAGAAAGAGGUUCAUAGGUAUAAUGUGCCUUGUAGGUGUUGUGGCCGCCAUAUUCCUUUGGCUCACAAUACCCGGCUGUAUCGACUCUGUGAAAAUAAGAUUGAUACGGCGGAGGCAGAGAUUGAGGGUAGGAUCGGAUAUGGAGCCGUUGCGACCACGACCGCGCCCGAGGACUCCGUCGCCGGUAUUCGUCAAUUUGGGAGACAUAGUCAACGAGAUUAAGAAUCGACUACCGCCACUGAGGCAUGUGAACUCAAUAUAUAACGAAGGGCAAGAGCCUGUAAAUGACGAAACACCAAGACAAGGAGAAGACGCGGACAAACCGGAUCCGCGUUUAUUUAUGAUUCGAGAACUGAAGAUGCCAACCUUACCUGGCGCCAACAACCCAGGGGAAUCGUCUUCAGCUGCCGUGAACGAUCCAGCAGAGUCGCUUUCUACUACCUUGGUCAAUACAACAGAGAUUGAUUCAAUUAACAGCUUUACGCUGUAG